AUGGUCGACCGGGCCUUUCAAGCUAGGAAGUCGCCCUUGGAGGAGGAGUUGUGGCUCACCCAGGGCCGCAUCCACGAUAAAGAGAUGGAUUUGUGGAAGCUGGAGCAUGGCGACGACACGGCACCCGUCAAUACCCGCUUUGCAUGGGUUCAGAGUUGGUGGUUUAGCACCUGGGCUUUGUGCCUCCAGGUGAUCCUCGUGAAUUUGAUCAUCAUGUUUCUGCAAAUGAAGAACGACAAACUGCUGGGUGAUUGGUCGAUCUACGUCGACGUGGCCUUUUUGACGUUCUACUGCUUUGAGCUCAUCGUCAAAGGCUGUUGUUAUGAAUCCUCUUUGCUCUUUGGACACUGUUCGGUGGUUUGGUGGAACUGGUUAGAUUUGGUGAUCGUGAUGAGCGGAUUGCUGGAGCUGGUGAUGCCUUUGUUGGUGUCUGGGAGCUCUCCGAUCCAUCUCAGUGGACUGCGGGGAUUGAGACGCUCGGCGGCUCCGACUGGCGCGGAUCGCCCGGGGGCUCAAGCUCUUGCGGUUCUUGGUGCAGAGUGA